AUGAGUUCUGGGGGAGAUGCGAAACUAUUCGCUAGGGGCAAGGUCGCCGAGCUGCGAACUGAGCUUCAAAGCGGAGGCAAGAAGGACAAGAACUACUCCGCCAAGAAGAUCGCCCUCAAGAAGAUCGUCGCCAACAUGACUAUGAGCAAUAACGAUAUGGUUGCGCUGUUCCCCGACGUUAUCGAGUGCAUGAACCUACCGAGCUUGGAAAUCAAGAAAAUGUGCUUUUUGUUUUUGGUGAACUAUUCAAGAAUGAAACCGGAGGCCGCGUUGAAGGCGCUGCCCACUUUGGUCGAGGACAUGGGAGAUAACAAUCCUCUUGUGCGAGCCCUUGCUCUGCGAACCAUUUCAUACAUCCACGUGCGCGAGUUUGUCGAAGCAACCUUCCAACCCCUCAAGCGCCUCAUGCAGGACAACGACCCAUAUGUUCGCAAGACAGCUGCUUUCUGUGUUGCUAAGCUGUACGAGCAUGACAAGAAGAUGGUCGAGAACUCGGAUCUGAUAGAUCGCUUAAAUCGCAUGCUCAAGGAUGAGAAUCCAACCGUUGUCUCCAGUGUGUUGGCUUCUUUGGUGGAUAUUUGGGGUCGCAGCGAAUCGAUCUCACUGACUAUCGACUACACCAGUGCUUCAAAGCUGGUUUCAAUCCUGGCGGACUGUUCCGAAUGGGGUCAAACCUACAUUCUUGAAGCUUUAAUGUCAUAUGUGCCCCAGGAUACUGCUGAAGCACUUCUACUGGCGGAGCGAAUUGCCCCACGGCUAUCUCACUCGAAUUCUGCAGUCGUUCUUACGUCCUGCCGAGUUCUUCUUUAUCUAAUGAACUAUAUUUCCGACGAAAAGCACAUCACCUCAUUAAGCAAGAAAAUGUCACCGCCCCUCGUUACUCUCCUCGCCAAGCCCCCAGAGGUUCAAUACUUGGCCCUGCGCAAUGCCAUUCUGAUUCUUCAGAAGAGGCCAGAAGUCCUUCGCAACGAUAUUCGCGUUUUCUUCUGCAACUACAACGACCCCAUCUACGUCAAAGUGACUAAGUUGGAGUUGAUGUUCAUGUUGACCACGAAAGAUAACAUCUCUGUGGUCCUGGCAGAGCUUCGAGAGUAUGCCACCGAAAUUGACGUGCAUUUCGUACGUAAGGCAGUUCGUGCCAUUGGAAAGCUUGCCAUCAAAAUCGAAUCAGCAGCACGGCAAUGUAUCGAAACAUUACUUGAAUUGGUUGACGCCAAGAUCCCAUACAUUGUGCAGGAAGCCACCGUUGUGAUUCGCAACAUCUUCCGGAAAUAUCCCAACCAGUACGAGGGCAUUAUUGGCCACGUGAUUAGCAAUAUUGACGAUCUUGACGAGCCCGAAGCCAAGGCAGCCGUUAUCUGGAUCAUUGGCCAGUAUGCAGACCGAAUUGAGAACUCCGACGGCCUUCUCCAGGAUUACCUGGCUACCUUCCACGACGAAACGGUCGAAGUGCAGCUGGCUCUGCUCACGGCCACAGUGAAGCUUUUCAUCCAGCGGCCGACCAAGGGCCAACAGCUCGUUCCCCAAGUCUUGAAAUGGUGUACUGAAGAGACUGAUGACCCUGACCUUCGAGAUCGUGGCUACAUGUACUGGCGUCUGUUAUCCACCGACCCAGCAACAGCCAAGCAAGUAGUCAUGGGCCAAAAGCCACCAAUCACAGCCGAAAGCGAGAAGCUCGACCCUCGCACAUUGGAAGAGCUCUGUCUCAACGUCGGUACUUUGGCAACCGUCUACCUCAAGCCAAUCCACCAGGUCUUCCGCGCUGCACGACCCCGCCGCCUGCAACCCAGUCCGGCGCUGCAAAGGCCCCGCAUCGAAGAUGGCACAGCCAACAUGCUCGAAUACAAUCCUCCAGCCGCUAGCCUUGCCGCUACCUCAACGAGCAACAGUGGUCUAGCCACAAUCAUUACAACGGGUAACCCCAUCAGUCCUGUCAACGCUCCUCCCCCUCCUACAUUCCCCGUCAGCGCAAACCCUGUUCCGGGCGGUCUGAGUCCAAACUCUGCCGCUAUCAACGCGGCAGAUUCCUACUUCAACAAUAUCGGUUCUCAACAGAUGGCCUCUAUGAACCUAGGUGGUCGUGACGAUGGCGAUGUAGGCGGUGGUGGUGUUCAGACACAAUAUGUUGUGACGCAGAACUCGCAGCAGGUGUAUCAGCCGCAGUUGGCUGGUGGUGCAGCUACGGGUGAGCUGUUGCUGCUGUAG